AUGGCGAAUCCAUUUGACGACCAAGACUUCACCAUCGACCGAGACUCCUCAGCUUUGAAAAAGCCGUAUGCUGCGCAUUUAAAUGUAAAUCGCAAUCGCCGGAGCAAGCACUAUCAGCCCUUGGAAGACGAGAGCGACGACGAUGACCUCGAAGGGUUCAUGGGUUUCCCCAAUUCAGCAGGCUUCGAGCAACGCCUCGAGCUGCCGCUGCCGCUGCCACUGCCACUGCUGCUGCUGAAGCUCAAGCUCAAGCUGAAGCUGAAACGAUCGCCCGAUAUCUUUUCCAAGAGUACAUCCCAUGCUCUUGGGCAUUCCAAUUCCAAAAAGCCCUCAUUUGUGGGCAAAACCCCAAACUUGAGCUACGAUUUGUUUGGAACUGAACGGAGUGCAACUGCAAGGAGCAGAUACACGUCAAGGGAGUCCCCAAAGAGGCAGCGGGAAACCGAAAUCUUGAUCAAGGAGGAAGCGGAGGAAGAUGAGGAGGGAGACGGGAAGGAGACGCAGAGUUAUAGGGGCUCGCCGCGUCGCUCAUCCUUCCACUCGAGUACACUAAGCAGCCAGAGGUAUCUUGACCCUCCCCAACCGAUUUUCUCACCAGAGGCUUACGCGGAGCCCAAUAUCUACGGCGACGACGAUGACGACGGUGUUGGUCAUGGUGUUGGUGUUCGUGAUGACGAUGAAGUGGAAGAUGACGACCAAGCCACGUACCAUGACGAAGAAGUUCCGUUCACACUGGACAAGACCGAUACUUGGAUGGAAGCAAAGAGCCUCCAUUCGGAGUCGACUGCAUACGGAGGUCAUUCGCAUGUGAGCGACCACUCUGACGAGGAGAUGCGGUACUUUGCAACAUCCAUAGAUGGGAAUAUCAUGCAAAACAUAGAACAUGGGUAUGUUCCAACCAGAGAAAAGACCAUGACGAAACGAAAAGUGAGGGUUGCCGGAGGACAGCGCGGGAACUUGGUUUUAGAGAACCCCAUACCCUCGGAGCUCUACAAAGUUUUGACCAAAACCGAGUCGCCAUUUGGCGAGUUCACUAAUAUGACAUACACCGCUUGCACUGCCCAGCCCGACGACUUCAUUGACGAGGGGUUCACGUUGAGGGCGGCAAAGUAUGGUCGUGAAACCGAAGUGGUGAUCUGUACCACCAUGUACAAUGAAGACGAAUUUGCCUUCGCCCGCACGAUGCACGGCGUGAUGAAGAAUGUGGCGCACCUUUGCUCGCGACACAAGUCUAAAGUUUGGGGCAAAGACAGCUGGAAAAAAGUUCAGGUCAUCAUUGUUGCCGACGGAAGAAAUAAAGUCCAGGAGUCGGUCUUGCAAUUGCUUACCGCUACAGGCUGUUACCAGGAGAACUUGACGCGUCCAUUUGUCAAUAACAAGAAAGUCCAUGCUCAUUUGUUUGAGUAUACCACCCAGAUCUCGGUUGAUGAAAACUUGAAAUUUAAAGGCGACGAGAAGAACCUAACUCCCGUUCAAGUGUUGUUUUGCUUGAAGGAGCAAAACCAAAAGAAGCUUAAUUCGCAUCGGUGGUUGUUUAACGCGUUUUGUCCGAUUUUGGAUCCCAAUGUCGUUGUUCUUUUGGAUGUCGGGACGAAACCAGAUAACCACGCAAUCUACAACUUGUGGAAAGCCUUUGACAAGGACUCGAAUGUUGCAGGCGCAGCGGGAGAAAUCAAAGCCAUGAAAGGGAAAGGAUGGAUCAAUUUGACGAACCCGCUAGUUGCUUCCCAGAAUUUCGAAUACAAAAUGUCCAAUAUUCUCGACAAGCCCUUGGAAUCAUUGUUUGGUUAUAUUACUGUGUUGCCCGGUGCCUUAUCGGCAUACAGAUACAUUGCUUUGAAAAACCACGACGAUGGCACUGGACCGCUAGCAUCUUAUUUCAAAGGCGAAGAGCUACUUUCUGCCCACGGCAAGGACAAGGAAAACACGAAAACGAGUUUCUUUGAGGCCAACAUGUACUUGGCAGAGGACCGUAUAUUGUGUUGGGAACUUGUCGCAAAGAGAGGCGACAAUUGGGUGUUGAAGUUUGUCAAGCUGGCCACGGGCGAAACGGAUGUUCCGGAAACUGUUUCCGAGUUUCUAUCGCAAAGACGAAGAUGGAUAAAUGGUGCGUUCUUUGCAGCCUUGUAUUCGCUUUAUCACGGAGGAAGGAUAUGGUCAACCGACCAUUCCUUUGCGAGAAAGUUUUGGCUCCAUGUGGAAUUCGCGUACCAUUCCAUUUCCUUGCUAUUCUCAUUCUUUUCGUUGAGCAAUUUCUACUUGACAUUCUAUUUCUUAACUGGAUCGUUGGUGAACUACAAGGGACUUGGUCAAAAGGGUGGGUUCUGGAUAUUUACCAUUUUCAACUAUCUUUGCAUAUGUGUGCUCGCGUCUUUGUUCAUCGUUUCCAUUGGAAACAGGCCGCAAGCCUCGCGAAACGUCUUCAAAAGUUUAAUUAUCUUGUUGACCAUUUGUGCCUUGUACGCGUUGGUGGUGGCACUCAUCUUUGUCGUUAAUACCUUGAGGCUGUACAAGGACGGAGGAGCAUCUUUGUAUGUGGUGAUAAGCAUUGUCGUGUCGUUGCUCUCCACCUACGGACUUUACACUGUUUUGUCGGUUCUUUACUUGGACCCCUGGCACAUGGUGACGUGCUCGCUACAAUACUUUUUGAUGAUUCCCUCGUACACUUGCACCUUGCAAAUAUUUGCCUUUUGCAACACCCACGACGUUUCGUGGGGAACAAAAGGUGAUAACAAUUCGCAAGAGGACAUGAGCAACCAGUACAUUAUCGAGAAGAAUGACGACGGCGAAUAUGAAGCCACGGUGAUGGAUGUUAACGUCGACGAAGUCUACCUCGAGGCGUUGUAUGACAUUCGAGCACGAAGGUCAGCCAAAAAAUUGAGCACUGCAAACGUCGCGAGGGCGCCCUUGGAUGGUGACGACUUUGCCAAGGAUGUGCGAACAAAAGUCGUUUUAUUCUGGAUGCUCGCGAAUUUGGUAUUCAUAAUGUCCAUGGUGCAAGUUUACAAGCCCGGCGACACAGCCAACAACAUCUACCUUGCGUUCAUACUAUGGACUGUGGCAGUCUUGUCAUUUUUCCGGGCAGUGGGUUCUACCGGGUACUUACUCCAAAACUACGCCCGAUUCCUCGUCGAGUUGAAGAGUAAAUGGGCAAAAAAGAGAUCGGGUGGGUAUAAACACAACUCUCUUAAUUGA